AUGGCUGGCGGCGGCGGCACCCAGUCGCCCGAGGCCCAACAGGCAGCCAUCAACGCUGCUCUGGAAAACAAGGCCCUUUCUAACUACCUGUACUAUAUCAUCGCCUGUACCUCGGCUGCCGUCAUCAUCUGGAGAGUUUGGACGGUCAUCGUUAAAUACGUACGUACUGUCGCCUGCCUCAACAACGACAACCAACGGUACUUCGUCGAAACCGAUUCCAAGUUCGCCUGGAUCAAGAAAAAUGUUCUCUAUGCCCCCAUUUUCAGCAAGCGCCACAACCGCGAAAUCCAGAUGAGCAGCGCCAUCAACGUUGGCACCUUGCCCAGUCGUCUGCAGCUGCUGUUCCUCGCCGGCUACCUAGGCACCAAUAUUGCCUUCUGCGUCAUCAACAUUCCCUUCGCUGGCUCAUUUGCUGCUGCGGCUAGCCAGCUUCGAAACAGGACCGGGACCCUCGCUGUCGUUAACAUGAUUCCCUUGUUCUUGAUGGCUGGACGCAACAACCCCCUGAUCAAACUGCUUGGCAUCUCAUUUGACACCUUCAAUCUGCUGCACCGUUGGUUCGGUCGCAUCGUCAUUCUGGAGGCUGUGACCCAUACCCUAGCCUGGUGGGCCAACAAGGCUCAGACUUCCAGCUGGGAGUCUGGCUGGCAGUCCAUCAUCGCCGUUCCUUUCUUACUCUUCGGCUUUGUCGCAACUUGUGCUUUUGUCGCCCUUGGCAUUCAGGCAUCUAGCCCUAUCCGCCAUGCCUUUUACGAGACGUUCAAGCUGCUGCACAUUCUGCUGGCUAUCGCUGCGGUCGUUGGAACUUGGUAUCACCUGCAGAUGAAGGCUCUGCCUCAACUGAAGUACCUGUGGCCUGUUGUCAUCUUCUGGGCCGGCGAUCGGGUUUGGCGCGCUGUCCGUGUCUUCUACGGCAACGUGGGCCAUGGAGGGAGCAAGGCACUUGUUGAAGCACUCCCAGGCAAUGCAUGCCGUGUGACCGUCACGAUGGCCCGCCCCUGGACCUUCGGUCCAGGCCAGCAUGCUUAUAUGUACCUGCCUUCCUUGAGUUGGUGGCAGUCACAUCCGUUCUCCGUGGCUUGGGCCGAAGAGGCUGAGGAUCCCCAAGCCGAGAAGAUGUCCCUCAACCGCCAGGAUAUCCUGGCCAUGCGCAAAACCACCAUGUCCUUCAUCAUCCGCGCUCGCACUGGAAUGACCGACACACUCUACCGCAAGGCCGCAGCAUGCCCCGAUGGCCGCAUGACAACGUCUUGCAUGAUUGAAGGGCCCUACGGCGGUCUCCACGGCAUGCGCUCAUAUGGCACUGUCAUGUUGUUUGCUGGUGGUGUUGGAAUCACUCACCAGGUUCCCCACGUACGUGACCUCGUUGCCGGCUACGCAAACGGAACGGUCGCUGCUCGGAAGGUGGUUCUCGUCUGGAUUAUCCAGAGCCCCGAACAUCUCGAGUGGAUUCGUCCUUGGAUGACGGAAAUCCUGGCUAUGGAGAAGCGCCGUGACAUUCUCCGUAUCAUGCUUUUCGUCAGCCGCCCUCGUUCAACCAAGGAGAUUCACAGCCCGUCGGCCACUGUACAAAUGUUUCCUGGCCGCCCCAACAUCGAGACGCUCAUCCGGGCUGAGCAGGAAUCCCAGAUCGGCACUAUGGGUAUCAGCGUGUGUGGCCCAGGUGCCCUCAGCGACGAGGUCCGCCGCGCUGUCCGCGAUCGCCAGCAUGAUACCGCCAUCGACUUCAACGAGGAGGCCUUCUCGUGGUAG